AUGAAUUGUUUAGGUGUUGUAAGUAUGCCUAAUGUUGGUAAAAGUAGUUUGAUUAAUAAUUUAAAAAGGUCCAGAACCUGUUCAAUUGGAGCUGUUCCUGGUGUAACCAAUUUUAGGAACAUGCAAGAAAUCCAGUUGAAUAAACAUAUUAAAUUAUUGAAUUGUCCAGAUAUAGUUUUAGACAAAACAUCUACUACCAGUAGCGUAAGAUUGAAAAAUGUUGCAAGUUCUGGAAAUAUUGAAGAAUCUAUUACUUGUGCUGCUACAAUUGUGAGACAUAUGCACAAGUUAUAUAGAAUUUGACAAUAUGAAUCAUGUGAACACUUUUUGUAUUUAAAAGCUAG